CUGAGUUGAUGGCGUGGCAGUACGGGGCUAGUUCUCCGAUUCCGAUUCCACUAGAGCCUCUGAUGCCCAGUGAUCGAUACGCCAUUGAUCCGGACUCACCGCCGGUAUGCUCCACUUUUCAUUCAUCAUUCAGAUGUUUAGACACUCUUCUGUUCACUGAUAAUUAUGAGCUCAUUUUUGCAGCCAUCGCGAGGAUACAUGGAGGAAGUGGUUGGGCUGGUGGCCACGCUCGAGGGCAUGGUCCUACGCAGGGAGGCACAGUUGUCUAUCGCAGGCAUUCGGAUGCCUACAUGGUCCGGUCAGCCGCAGGCCAGGCCACCUGGGCCUCAUUGGGGAGCUGGGCCAUCUGGGCCUUAUCAGGGAGCUGGGCCAUCCGGGCCUCAUCAGGGGGAGGGGCCAUCUCGACCUUCCCGAGGAGCCGGGCCAUCUAGGCCUUAUCGAGGAGCUCGAGGAGGGCUUGUCCGCAGACGCAGAGCUCAUGUUGUGGAGGUGGAGCCUGAUGAGGAGGAGGAGGAGGAGGAGGAGGAGGCUACCGACCGUCAGUUCGAGACAUCUGUUGAGGAGGGAGGCUCCGGUUUUGGCUCGGGGAACAGAGGCGAGGCUGAGGAGGAUCCUGAGGAUGACAGCUCCGACUCUGACGAUGGUGUGGAGGUUGUCCCGCAAAAGAGGACUAGGCGUGCUUCUCGUUCCCGCUCUCGAGGAUUUUGA